AUUUGAUAGAGUUGUAAAGGUUAUAAUUUUAAGUUAUUAUAUUUUAGUAGGGUCUAUAAUAAAAGUCACUUAUACAAGACUGUGAGGAUUUAGGGGUCACAGCUGCCAACGAAAGCUAUCGACGCCACAAAGUGUCUGCCUGCGCACAUUGGCAGAUUGAUUACCUUUCUCCUUCUCAAUGAUGAAUUCUUCUCGGACUCUGUGACGAGUUCAGUCUUGCAGCAAACGGUGCUCCUAGAUACUUCAGCUCGGUGGAGGCGAAGCUGCAAGGCUAGCCAGCUCAGUACCGCAAAGAUGCUCCUCCGAUUGAAGUCAUUGAUCGUCCUUGCUUUUAUGCUGCUAGCACUUUACCUGGUCCUCUGGCGCGAUGACACACCCUUCACAUCGGGUGAGCAUCCCGUGGAUGUUCUGCAUGGAAACAAUGGAGAAAUGAAGGACGAGGGGGGGUUGGAGGUUGCACCAAUACUGGACGAUAUCCCUCUCUUGCUUGCGACAACGAAAGAGUCAAGACCAACCCAAAGUUAUGCUCAUAUAUACUCGACAAGUGUGGGUUCUGCAUCUGCAAAGUAUCUCCUUCCUACAUCAAGCGUACGGAAAAGACCAAGCACAACGGUUCCCACGCUUCAGAGUUCUUCAACAAACGAGGCCAGCAAUACGAUUGAGAAGGGCAGCUCGCAAUUACAGGAGCAAUUCCAGCAGGAAAAUGAUGCAUUAAGCUUAGGCGAAACCACUGGCAUAUUAUAUGGCAAGACACUUAGUCGGCUGGUCGACGUUGGAGCUCACGAGGGUUUUAAUGCAGCACACCUGACACCCACCAAGUCUCUGACUGCUUUCCACGAUACCCCUCCUUAUACAUACAAUCCCUAUCCCGACUACAAUAGCAAGAGUUGGAGCUCUGGUAAUCAGGGCGUGUACCGGGCAUGUAAUGGACCGGAAGGGCCGAUCAAGGACUGGACAGUGUUCUCUGGGCACCCAAAGGUUUUUGGGUACCCCCACAUAGGAUCUUAUGUGCCUUUCGAUAUUGACAGCAACCUCUGCUUUGAGAGGGAGACUCGCCUGGGGCCUUAUGGCUUUCAGGAAACAGACGCCUUGGGAGUUGGCAACAGCUCCUUCAACACAGAGAGAAAACGGAGUAUCGAUUGGGAUUCUAUUGAUUGGGGGUUUUUACAACACGAUUGUCUCCGAGAGAACUCAGAUCGGUUCGCAGACAUCGAAGAAGACAAGCGUGAAACAGGAACACCUCUUAUUGGCAUGAACUCGUCCAAUUCCUCGAAUAGCACAACCAUUCUUCGGAGAUUAGAGAAGGUCAACGACACGAUUAGCGAGGAGGGGACGGUUAGCCAAGGAGGAGCCAACGAUAAUGACUCCGGACCAGCUUUACACGGAAUGCCAGAGUUUACAAUCACUCCAAAGUCCCGGACAGCCGUUCUAAUUCGCACUCACUCAAAUCAGACCUACACGGAAAAUGACAAGCAAAACAUUCGAUCUCUCAUCACAGAGCUCUGUCUUCGAAGUGGAGCUGAAUAUCAGGUUUUCCUACUUGUACAGGCAAAAGAUGACAAUUUACCUGAAUCUGCGGAUCCAACUGCCUACAACAAAAUCUUGCAAGCCAGUGUCCCAGCAGAGUUUCGAAAUAUGACUGUUAUGUGGAGUGAUGCGCAGAUGAAGAAGUUGUAUCCUCUCAUUCCAGCCGAAGUCAACAAUGUCCACCAGUCACAGUGGCUUUCGGUUCAGAAAUUUGCUCAGGACCAUCCCAAAUUCGACCAUUAUUUCAACUGGGAAUUCGACACUCGUUUUACCGGCCAUCACUACAAUCUCCUCGAAAAGCUAGCGACCUUUGCGAAAAAGCAACCUAGGAAGGGCUUAUGGGAACGUAACGAGAGGUACUACAUUCCGUCGUUCCACGACAGAUUCUCUACUUUUCGACUUUCGGUUCAAAAAGUUGCAGGAGAUGAUACCAUCUGGGGACCGCCACCAACUCCCGGGGUAGUUCCUGUUGGCCCGAACGCUCCAGGCCUGGAACCCAAGGACGAUAGCUUCCGUUGGGGAGUCGGCGAAGAAGCAGACUAUAUCUCCCUCGCUCCAAUGUUCAAUCCUGUCAAUACAAGUUGGGUGGGAAAAAACGAUGUCUGGGGCUACGAUGGGCUAAAUACCCCUCGGCGUGCAACCAUUGGCACACACUCUCGGUGUAGCAAGAAGCUUCUUGACACAAUGCAUGCUGAGAAUUUGAAGGGAAAUCAUGUCAGUUCCGAGAUGACCCCUCAGACGGUUGCACUGCUUCACGGUUUCAAAGCUGUUUUUGCUCCGAUACCUAUGUACAUGGACAGGGACUGGUCUGGACAAAGCUUAGAGAAGUUCUUCAAUCCUGGACCGGUACGCACCGUUCCUCACAAGAUUCGACGAAAGAAUGUGUACUAAUUCUGUAAAUAGAAAGGCGAAAGCGGAAGUACUAUAGAGUCUCCUUUCAGUUGGGGCAGAGAGAGUAGAUUUGCAGGAAGUACGUGGUAUUUCCGCGCGAACCCACCGAUGAGAUUAUAUAACAACUGGCUGGGUUGGGAAGAUAGUGGGAUCGGUGGCCCAGAGUGGGAAAAAGCUCACGGCCGGAUGUGUCUACCAGCGAUACUCCUACAUCCGAUCAAGAACGUGGUCGAGCCAGAGCCAGGCUUCUCUUCGAAGUCUGAUCUACCGUAUUAGGCCGAGCUGCCAUUUGCUAUGUACCAUACAAUGUGUGAUCAAUUUUUGAGCGUGGAGUUAAGGGGCGGAAUGGUAUAAAAGGAUAGCAUGCAUGGCACAGCAGCAGGGUUUGAGAGUAGAGAGCAGGUGUGUAAUAUUGAUCAACCACAUAUUGCCGGCGUCAAGAAUUACCAGAUAAUGUAUAUGUUUAGUUUUAGGGGAGCUUCAGCUUUCUCUCAUGCAUGUGGAUAUCCUUUUGAUGAAAAACCUUACAACUUUGCAGCGCUGGUUCCUGUCAACCCACAAACCAGGAUAUUUCCCCGAGGCUCCAGGUAAAGACGGGACGAAUGCAGCGGCCCCAAUACAGCUUAUACCCGAUUCAGGACGAGCUUCGGGCCGGCGACAGCAGAGGAUAUCAUCCUGUCUCUGGGGCAACAGCUUCACAAUCAGAUUUCCAGCGCAGGAUCAUCAGGCCACAGCAAAGAAAUGUCAAGCAAGCAUAUGCAAGUACAAGUACAGUACAAAUGCUUGCAACCCCCACCCCAGAACGGCUCCCAAGUCGCCAAUGAAAAGCGGCCGCAGCGUGUCGUGUAGCAAAAUGCGGGGGAGGUUGGCGGGCUGCGGGGUAGCUACUGUACUGUACUGUACUGUAAUUUGUUGCACUUCUCUCUGACAGAACAGCAACUUUCGAGUCGGCCCGUUCACGAACAGGUAGCAGCAUGCUAAGUUACAGCGAGGGGUAGAGCAGCCAAUUUUCUGUAGCGCCUGCCCUUACAAGACAAGCUUCACCUGCAACGGGCAGGGCAGGGCAGAGCAGGGCAGGGCAGGGCAGGGC